GAUCGUUCAAAUUGUUUUGUUACUAAUUCGAACGACGACGAUCAUGAGCGGAAAAAUCCAGCUGGCAAUAUUUUUUGCCUGUGGACGAUAAGUUGGAUCAUAACGUCGAAGACAAAUGUGCAAGACAAUUUCUAGGCAAACACCAGAUGAGGUCAAACAAAGCCUCAAACUAUGUGUCCCAGUAACAUCUUCGUGAUACCACGAACGGUCAAGAGCCAGGAAGAAUGGAGCGGAAUAGAUGGAAACAAGCUCGACGAGACUGACCUACUUUCCUUUGUCAAUGCAUACUCAAACUGCCAAACAAUCAGUAGAAACCCAUGGAAUUAAGUUUGUCUCUUGACACAAACUGCUUCAACAGUACCAGGCAACUCUGGCAUUAUGACCGAAAACGUGCGACCAGGUUUAGCAAACCAGACUCUUCUCAACAAAAUCGACAAGUUACGUGAGCUUAACGUUAGGUCUUUGGAACUACCGCAGCUUGUUGUUGUCGGAGAUCAGUCAUCUGGCAAGAGUUCAGUCCUUGAGAGCCUCACCGGGUUUUCGUUUCCUCAAGCUCCUGGUCUUUGUACCCGAUAUGCUACCCAGAUCUCUUGUCGUCGCGAGCUUGAGCCCAAAGUCUUGAUAUCUAUCAUUCCUCGGCCGGGCGCAGAUGCGGCGGUACAGGAUAGACUGCGUUCUUUCAAACGCACUAUACCAGACCUCACUAACGAGAUCCUCGUUGAGAUCAUCAAAGAAGCGAACCGAGCAAUGGGGAUCAAGAUGACAGCCGACGAGGCAGAUUCGAGCCUGCAGGCUUUCAGCGAAGACAUCCUCAAGAUUGAGAUCAAUGGGCCUGAACAGGAGCACUUCACGAUCAUCGAUGUGCCUGGUAUCUUCCGCGUCCCUUCGCCACCACUCACCACGGACAAUGACGUGACUUUGGUUCGGAACAUGGUUGAGUCUUACAUGCAGAACAGUCGAACUAUCAUCCUUGCCGUCCUGCCUUCGAAUGUCGAUAUCUCAACCCAAGAGAUUUUGAAGAUGGCCGAGAAUGCAGACCCAGAGGGCAUCCGAACGAUGGGAGUACUCACCAAACCCGACCUGGCGACUGAGAAUGCGACUCAAGACGCGAUCAAAGGCCUCGUCCUGGGUAGACAGAACAAGCUGCGACUAGGUUAUUGCGUCGUGAAGAAUCGUAGUGCGGAUGACCAAAGCUCUACCCUCCAAGACCGACUUGCGCAGGAGAAGGCCUUCUUCAGUAGUUCUACAUGGAAACCAGUGGUGGCAUCGGGAAGAUGUGGCAUCGCAUCGUUGAAGAUACGCCUUAGCGAUCUUUUGAUGACCAUAUCGAAGAGAGAGUUUCCGAAUGUCAAAUCGGAUGUCAAGAGGCAACUAGAUCGGUGUCGGACGGAACUAGAGAUUAUUGGACCGUCUCGCAUGGAUCAAAACUCUCAGAGACUAUACCUUGGGAAACUGGGGUCCAAAUUCCAAGCGGUCACUCAAUGUGCCUUGAACGGCUACUACGAUAGCGAACACGUCUUCCUAGAAGACAACAAGUUGAAGUUGAUCACAGCUAUCACGGAGAUGAACGAGAUGUUCGCGAAUGAAUUUUGGGAAAAAGGGCACAAACGGGAGACCUCACCCUCUAACGAUGAUGAUGAUGACGACGACGAUGCUGAAGACAGCUGGGUCACUUCCUUCAGAAUCCUUGCGCAAGAGUACCCAGAACUUCAUGAUAUCGUCGAGCUGGAAGAGUACCAUUGCCCACAGCCCAUGUCCUUUGGGGAUACUUCCUCUGGUACGAUGGAACAUAUCAAGCAGGUUUAUCAGCAAAAUCGUGGAUCUGAGUUAGGAACGUUCUCAGGAUCGAUUCUUGCCGUCACCUUCAAAGAGCAAACCGAAAAAUGGGAGCCACUCGUUCUCGCACAUGUCGGAAAAGCCAUUACUCUGGUGCACAACUACAUCUUCACGCUUCUCGCGCGUAUCUGUCCUGAUAAGCAAGUUCGAGACCAAGUAUGGAACACACUUCUCAUCGACGAGCUCCGCAAGACUUACAUCCGCGCAAUGGAACAAGCUCAGUUCUUGCUGCAGAUCGAGCGGCAUGGGAGACCGUCAACGUACAACCAUUACUUCAACUCAGAAGUGCAGAAGAAGCGACAACGUCGAUUGGAGACGGCUCUUGAUGGCAAAGCUGUGACCUACUAUACCUCCCACAACAGUUCAUCUACACAAAAAGCCUUCCCCAUAACCAGCUUGCAAGGUUUGGUAGUAGACAAGGACAACAUGCAGCAGGUACAAGAGGACAUACUCGAUGUUCUAGCCAGCUACUACAAGGUCUCGAGAAAGCGAUUCGUAGACACCGUAUGCAGACAGGCCAUCGCCCACUUCCUCCUGGACGGAGAGCAGAGCCCACUGAAGAUAUUCUCCCCUGAGCUGAUCAUGGGUCUUGAUGCUGAUCAGCUUGAGACAAUUGCUGGAGAAGAUGUGGAAACCAGGGAUCGGCGAUUGAUGCUGGAAUCUGAGAUUGGAAGUUUGGAGGCCGCGUUGAAAUUGCUGCGAGGAUGAGAUGGCGCAAGUCGAACUGGGG